CGGGGAGACCUUCCCGGCGCGGGUCGGCGCGGGGCGGGCGCGGCGGCUCUCCGGGGCGAGGCGGCGGGCCCGGCUCCAGAUGCAGGAGCCAUGGAGUUGAGCUGCAGCGAAGUACCUCUUUAUGGGCAGAUGACUGUCUAUGCAAAGUUUGGGAAAAAUGUUUAUCUUCCUAAAGAUGCCGAGUUUUACUUUAUUUAUAAUGGAUCUCAUCAGAGACACGUCGUGAUCGCAAAACGCACUGAGGAUAAUGUUCUCCAGUCCAGCAUUCCAGGGCAUGGGCUUCAGGAGACGGUGACGGUGUCUGUGUGCCUCUGCUCAGAAGGUUACUCCCCAGUGACCAUGGGCUCCGGCUCAGUGACCUACGUGGACAACAUGGCUUGCAGGCUGGCUCGUUUGCUGGUCACCCAGGCUGAUCGCCUCACAUCCAGUAGUCAUCAGACCUUUCUGACUCCAUUUGCCCUGACGGUGGGAGCAUUGCCUGCUUUGGAUGAGGAGCUGGUGCUGGCUCUGACCCAUCUGGAGUUGCCUCUUGAGUGGAGUGUCUUGGGAAAUUCUUCACUUGAAGUUUCUUUAUGCAGAGAGUCUCUUCUACACCUGGCUAUGAGAUGGGGCCUGCCUAAGCUCUCUCAUUUCCUCUUGUGCCUCCCUGGGGGAGUUCAGGCUUUGUCUUUACCCAAUGAAGAAGGUGCCACACCGUUAGACUUGGCUUUACGUGCCGGACACUCCAAGCUGGUUGAAGACAUCACAAAUUUCCAGGGCAGACGUUCCCCUGACCUCUCCCGAGUGGACCUCGGCGGACGUGCCUUCCUGCAGUAUGUUCACCCGUCGGGGACGCUGACGCUGACGCUGAACCACACAGCCGAGCAUUUGUUGGAGGCAGAUAUUAAACUCUUCAGGAAAUACUUUUUGGACAGAGCCUUUCUCCUCAAGGCUCUUGACGACCGAGAAGCUGGGCCACAGGAGAGCCGGGCCAUGCCCUCCCGGGCUGCCGCCACCGAGGAGGGUACGCGAGCUGCCUCCCCCGCGCCCAGGAACCCAGAAGAGAUUAGGAAUUUGGCGACCGGCAGGCCAUCACCUGAAAAGGAGGAUGUAAAGCGUGUGGACAGCCCGGAUGUUGACCCCUAUGAACACGACGGCCGGGACAGUCUCGAUUUGGAUCACUCUUUCGAUGUCUUCAAAAAACCUAAGCAUCCCCCAGCGUUCUUUGCUGCAGGCCGGCUCUCUGAUGUGCUGAAUGGUGGCGAUGAAGUUUACGCCAACUGUAUGGUGAUUGACCAGGUUGGUGAUUUGGAUAUUAACUACAUCAAUUUAGAAGGAAUCUCUACAGACGCCUGUGCUGAAUCCAUGGGUUCUACUCUGGGGCCUCAGAACUGCGAGCAUAUCCUUGCUGCUGAAACCAGCCAUGGGAAAUACCCACUAAGUGAGAACAAGGAAGUGAUCUCAGAUACCGAAGCUCAGCAGUCCUUCCCAUCACCGUCUAGUUCAUAUGCUUCCAAUUUUGAUCUUUCCUUUGGUCUUCAUGGAUUUGAGAAGGAACAGAGUCUCCUGAAGAAAAGAAGCUCCAGCCUGGAUGCCUUGGAUGCCGACAGCGAAGGGGAAGGGCAUUCUGAGCGGUCACACAUCUGCUACACGCCAGCGUCUCAGAGUUCCUCGAGGACUGGCAUUCCCAGUGGGGAUGAGCUGGACUCCUUCGAGACCGCCACCGAACCUGAUUUUAGUAUCUCCAGGACAGAGUCACUUUCUUUAUCAAGUAGCCUGCAGUUGAAGGAAUCAUUGCUUCCUGGAGUCCGCUCACGUUCUUAUUCCUGCUCAUCACCCAAAAUUUCUUUAGGAAAAACUCGAUUGGUGCGUGAUUUCACAGUGUGCAAUUCUGCUGAAGAGCAAAGAGCCUUCGGCUUCCUGGAGCCCGCCAGGGAGAGGAGGAUUCAAGAGGAAGAAUGGGAUAAAUACAUCAUACCUGCCAAGUCAGAGUCUGAGAAAUACAAAGUGAGCCGGACCUUCAGCUUCCUCAUGAACAGGAUGACAAGCCCUCGGAACAAAUCUAAGACGAAAAGCAAGGAUGCCAAAGACAAAGAGAAACCGAGCCGACAUCAGUUUGUCCCCGGAACCUUCUCUGGGGUUCUCCAGUGUUCCGUUUGUGAUAAAACACUCCUGGGGAAGGAGUCAUCCCAGUGUUCCAACUGUAAUGCAAACGUCCACAAGGGUUGUAAGGACGCUGCACCUCCGUGUACCAAGAAAUUCCAGGAGAAAUAUAACAAGAACAAACCGCAGACCAUCCUUGGAAACUCUUCAUUUCGAGACAUCCCGCAACCCAGUCUCUCCUUGCACCCUUCUUCCUCCAUGCCUAUCGGAUUGCCCACUGGGAGAAAAGAAGCUUCUUCCCAGGCCCAUCCCUUGUCCAGAAGUGUUCCAGGCACUGCCUUGGAAAGCUUCAGAAGAUCGGGGCCAUCCCUGGAGUCUGAGAGUGACGGGAACAGUUGGAGAAGCAGGUCUCAUUCCGAUGAGCUGUUACAGUCCAUGGGCUCUUCUCCCUCCACGGAAUCCUUCUUAAUGGAAGAUGUCGUGGACUCUUCUCUGUGGAGUGACCUCAGCAGUGACGCCCAGGAGUUGGAAGCAGAAUCCUGGAGUCUGGUGGUGGACCCCUCCUUUUGCAAUAAGCAGGAGAAAGAUGUCAUCAAAAGACAGGAUGUCAUCUUUGAGCUGAUGCAAACAGAGAUGCAUCAUAUCCAGACCCUGCUCAUCAUGUCUGAGAUCUUCAGGAAAGGAAUGAAGGAGGAGCUGCAGCUUGAUCACAGCACCGUGGAUAAAAUCUUUCCCUGCUUAGAUGAGUUACUUGAAAUCCACAGGCAUUUCUUUUAUAGUAUGAAGGAGCGAAGGCAGGAGUCCUGUGCUGGUGGUGACAGGAAUUUCGUCAUCAGCCGAAUUGGAGAUAUUCUAGUACAGCAGUUUUCAGAAGAAAAUGCAAAUCAAAUGAAGAAAAUAUAUGGAGAAUUCUGUAGCCAUCACAAAGAAGCUGUUAGCCUCUAUAAAGAACUCCAACAGAAUAAGAAGUUUCAGAAUUUUAUUAAGCUUCGAAAUAGUAAUCUUUUGGCUCGACGCCGAGGAAUCCCAGAAUGCAUUCUGCUAGUCACUCAGCGCAUCACAAAAUACCCUGUCCUGGUGGAACGGAUUUUGCAGUACACAAAGGAAAGAAGUGAAGAACAUCAAGACUUGUGCAAAGCUCUGUGCUUAAUUAAAGACAUGAUUGCAGCAGUGGAUUUAAAAGUCAGCGAGUAUGAGAAAAACCAAAAAUGGCUUGAGAUCCUAAAUAAGAUCGAAAACAAAACCUACACAAAGCUCAAAAAUGGCCACGUGUUUAGGAAGCAAGCACUGAUAAGUAAAGAAAGGACUCUCUUAUAUGAUGGCCUUGUUUAUUGGAAAACUGCUACGGGUCGUUUCAAAGAUAUCCUGGCUCUACUUCUACCUGAUGUGCUGCUCUUUUUACAAGAAAAAGACCAGAAAUACAUCUUUGCAGCUGUUGAUCAGAAGCCAUCGGUUAUCUCCCUUCAGAAGCUCAUUGCUAGAGAAGUCGCCAACGAGGAAAGAGGAAUGUUCCUGAUCAGUGCGUCCUCUGCUGGUCCUGAGAUGUACGAAAUUCACACCAACUCCAAGGAGGAACGAAAUAACUGGAUGAGACGAAUCCAACAGGCCGUGGAAAGUUGCCCAGAAGAAGAAGGGGGAAGGACAAGUGAAUCUGAUGAAGAGAGGCGGAAAGCUGAAGCAAGAGUGGCCAAAAUCCAGCAAUGUCAAGAAAUACUCAGUAACCAAGACCAACAGAUUUGCGCGUAUUUGGAGGAGAAGCUGCAUAUCUACGCUGAACUUGGAGAACUGAGUGGAUUCAAGGAUGUCCAUCUAGAGCCCCACCUCCUCAUCAAACCUGACCCAGGGGAGCCUCCCCAGGCAGCCUCAUUACUAGCAGCAGCCCUGAGAGAAGCCGAGAGCCUGCAGGUUGCCGUGAAGGCCUCACAAGCAGGUGAUACUCACCCGUCGCCUGAGGAGGGUUCUGCAGAACCUGCGGUGGCAGAUGCACAGGGUCCUCCCGAGGAGCCAGGAUCGUCUCCAGCCUCACUAGUCACAGAAGGGACAGGAGGAAGAGGCUGUUGGGAUGUGGAUCCUGGCCCCCAGGGUGUGGGAACCGACUUGGCGGUCUCUGAUGCAGGGGAGAAGAGUCUUAAAAAUCUGUGCUGCAGCCGGCAAAGUCCCUGGGGUGUCAGUCACCAUCACCAGCUGCAGCCCUGCAUGGGCACCACAAGGGGGAGGGCCAGCUCCACGAAAAGUAGGACACUACACAGCUCAGGCUUGUAUCAGGCUUCGUGGUUCUUGGGAGUGGAAUAUAGAAGUUUCACGGUUUCUUCACAGUCAGAGAUUAUACAAGCGAUCCAGAAUUUAACCCGACUCCUCUAUAGCCUUCAGGCUGCUCUGACCAUCCAGGACAGCCACAUCCAGGUGCACAGGCUGCUGCUGCAGCAGGCCGGCCGGCCGGCGUCCCAGGAAGAGCGCAGCGAGCUGGCGAGGCAGCGGGAGGAGCUGGCUGCCCUGCCCGGGCUCCAGUGGCAGCUGCAGCAGGAGCGGCGGCACGGCCAGCGCACCUGGGAGCGGCAGCAGCGCGAGCAGGAGGCCAGGGCCUGCCGGCUGCGGGAGCGCGAGCGGGGCUGCCACGGCCGCGAGGAGCUGCUGCUCAGGGCCCGCGGGGAGCUGGACCGGCAGCUGCGGGAGCACCGGCAGGACCUGGAGCGGCUGCGGGAGGGCCAGCGCCUGGUGGAGAGGGCAAGGGCCCGCAUGCACGCCCAGCACAGCCUGCUGCGUGGCCCGAGGCCCGGGCGCCAGUGCAGCCUGCCCACGGCCUUGCCUCCGGGCAGCGGCGAGGUGAUGGAACUUAAUCGAUCCGAGAGCUUGUAUCAUGAAAAUUCAUUCUUCAUUAAUGAAGCUUUAGUACAAAUGUCACUUAACACUUACAACAAAUCAACUCCAUCAGGUGUCCACCAGGAAGCCGCUUAUCCCCAGAAUAUAGCUAAUUUGGACUUGGUAAGGACUAGUGAAAGUCCCGUAGACCUCCAGUUGGACAUUUCUCAGCCCUUGGAUGUCAACCACGAACAGUGGACAGCCGCUGGGUCCUGUCAUCAGAUACCCCCUCUCCACGAAAGCAGCAAGGAUUCUUGUAAAAAUGGCCUGUGCACCCCUCGCCCGGGGCCCCCGGUCCCCCUGGAGCCCAGUGCACGCGGCUCCCAGCUGCAGACGGGGGCGGCAGAAGCAGCGCACAACCUACGGACGCGGACCGGACAAGAUGCAGAGACUGGAGACGCGGCUGAAGAAAAUAUCGUUUACCUCUAAUUGUGUGGUCAAUUUUUUUUUCCAGACAAAACAAAACACUGGCAUUUUGUGGAGAAUUAUUUUUUUCUUUUCCUGAUGUUUGUGUGACUGUGUCCAAAUUGCUUUAUAAGUAAUAUUUAAUAUUUCAUGCAAGUACAUUUCUUUGGGCAUGAGUCCAAUUAAAUUAUUGAAAGCA